AUAGUAAUAUCGCGUCAAUUGCAGUCGAAGAAUUAAAUCACAAGGAACGACGUACAUUUUUGAUUUUCAUUUUAAAAGUGGCCAAUGAUAUUGUACAUUGUGGAUAGUUGCCUGUAAUCUUUUUUCAUCAAGCAUUGAAGAAAACAGCCUUCUAUACCAGUGUGUAUAAAGGUUGCUUCGAAUAAUCAACGUCAAUUAGAAAAUACACAAAAUAUUUUCCAUCAUUACAAAUACCAACUGAUCAACAUGAUGAAAUUGCUAAUUUCCAUUUUUUUCGCACUAUCCUGCGUUAGCGUUGCUUACGGCGAUGGUCUCAAGUGUACAUUAAAGCCGGCUGAUAUCGAUCCAACCAAAUGGAUCGAUAUGGUAGAUCCAUGUAUAAAAUAUUUGGAAAAUCAAGUGAAAACUGAAAUUAAUGCUGCCAUGACUUAUCUCUCUAUGGGAGCACAUUUUGCUCGCGAUUCUGUGAAUCGACCGGGAUUCAGUAAGUUCUUUAUCAAAGCAGCAAGCGAAGAAAGAGAGCACGCAAUUAAAGUUAUUGAAUAUUUACUUAUGCGCGGUCAACUGACAAAUGAUGUGAGCAAACUUUUGAAUUUCCCACUGAAAACUGUUCGUGAGGAAUGGACAAGUGGCGUUGACGCUCUUACCGAAGCUCUUUAUUUGGAAGCCAAUGUAACAAAGAGUAUUUUAAAUGUUAUUCGUGUCUGUGAACACUCGAAGACUCAUCUUGGCAAUGUUGUCAACGACUACCACUUGGUUGAUUAUCUCACUGGAGAUUUCCUGGACGAACAAUAUAAAGGAAAACGUGAUCUAGCAGGAAAAGUUUCAACUCUUGGCAAAAUGAUGUCAACGCAUGGACCGCUUGGGGAAUUUUUGUACGAUAAGAAGCUUCAUGAGGAAUUGUAAAUUUUGUCAAUAUUUACAUUAUAAACGUGAGAAGAAGAAUAUUUAGACGUACAAAUAUAGUUACUUCCAUACGACAAAAAUUUAGAAUACCUUUUUUUUGAAUGUUAAAAUCAAUUUAUAAUCUGUGAUUUGUUUUCAAAAAGUUUGCCCCAUAAUUAUGUUAUACAAUCCGUAUGAGAAACUAUUUUUUUAAAAUAUUAGUUAAGUAAUUCUGCAUGUUUUUAUUCUAUAAAUUAAAUUCAUGAAUUAUUCCAAUAUUAAAUAUUUUAUAAAAAAGUAUUUAUAUAAAUUGUUUUCUAUUUUCUUUUUCUCUUGAAAUUUUUGCAAAUUAAAAAAAAAUGUUACGAUUAUCUUAUUUUUUUGGAAUAAAGAUAUGCAUGUUAAUAUGUACACCCACAAAAUAUGGAGAUUAUUAUUAUUAUAUUCAAUUUCAAUAUUAUUGUUUACUUUUGAUCGAAAUAAAAAUUCUUAAAGAAUU